AUGGACAUUGAGGAUCUCACAGCCUCUGGCCACAUUACCCUAAAGCAAGGGGACUGUGAAGAAGCCCUCAGCCUCUUCAAAAAGGCCUCCAAAGCUUCCAUAGAGCUAAAGGAGACCAGGGUCCAGCGGGCAUGUGCCUUUAACCUGGGAGCUGCCUACUUGGAGGCGGGUAAAGCCCUGAAGGGGCUGGACUUCCUGAAGCGGGCCCAGCCAGGAGAGAGGGGCGAGCGGAUAGCAGACCUCCAGUUCAACCUGGCCGUAGCCUAUGAGACCCUGGGGAACCACAGCCAGGCGGCUGGUCACUGCCUCCAGGCAGCCCAGCUGUACCGCUGCCAGGGGGACGGGGCCAGUGAGGGGGAGACCUGCAUGAAAAUGUCCCACUGUCACCUGCUCCUAAAGGACUGGAUCCAGGCAGCUCAGAGCUUCCAGAGGGCUGGGGAGAGCUACAGGAUGGCAGGCAAGCUGGACUCAGCCGCCACGGCCUUCAAAUAUGCAGGGAGUCACAUGCUCCAAUCAGAUGACUUCACCAUGGAUGAUAUCAUCACUGUGCUCACUGAUUGCCUUGAGCUGAGCAACAACAUCAAAAACCCAGAGUUGCUCGUCUUUCAGGUAAGGUGUACAAUGACCUGGGCCUGAGUUUCUCCCAGCUGAAGUUGUUCCAGGAGGCAGCCUGGUGCUAUGAGCGGGCCCUGCCCCUGGUCAGCACCAGGCCCAGCAGGCUUGCCGUGGUCCUACAGAACCUGGGAGCCGUUCACAACACACUAAGCCAGUACCGGCAGGCCCUGGACUACCACCGAUAGACAGCCAGCCUGCAUGGGUCUUUGGGCAGUCGUCGUGCUCAGGGCCGCUGCUUCAGUAACUUGGCCUUUGCCCUCAGUCAGCUGAGGGAGCAUGAGGAGGCAGCAGAGAACUACCUCCAAGCCCUGCAGGCCUUCAAAGACACUGGUACAAAAUCAAGUCCAACUUUAUUCUUUCUAAGAAUAAUAAUAAGCACAUUUGUCAUGUUGGAAGUGUGUUCUAA